AUGUUUUUAAUGCUCCUUGGAUGUCUUUGUUGCUCUGCAGUAUUUAGUGUGGACAUUUCCUGCAGAGAUGAGCGUGGUGAUCCUGUCGAUUGGUUUUUAAUCUACAAACUGCCCAAAAAGAAGAUCGGUGCGGUGGGCACUGGGUUGGACUAUAUGUAUCUGGAUUCUAAAAUGGAGAGCUGGAUGAUGAGUGCGUUUUUAGUGAACAUGACUCAAGGGGCCAUUGGACAAACUCUUAGUCAGCUGUACUCAGGAGCUUACAAGUCCAAUAGCUCUGUCUAUGCAAUCUACAAUGAUGCGCCACCAAUUAUAAAGUACAAUGUGAGCUACGGACACACAAAAGGUGUGAUGCUCUUUGACCGAUGCCAAGGUUUCUGGCUGUCCCACACCAUACCCCAUUUCCCCUCAUUCCCUGAAAAAGGCUACAUCUAUCCUGAAUCUGGAAAAGUCAAUGGGCAAACAGCUCUGUGUGUCACUUACAAAUACAAACAGUUCUUCCAUAUUGUCAACCAGCUUCUCUACAUGAGUCCACGAUUCUUCAACUGCUCUGUGCCUCAGACUUUUUCUCCUGAGUUUUCACUGUUGUCAAAGUUAUGUGACAACAUGAAAGUACCCUUUGACACAGACAGAAGCGUUGAAGAGCUUGUGUCAGCCAACGGGGAACAGUUCACCAGCUUUGUCAAAUCAGCUUGUUUUGUGGACGAUAUCUACAGCGGCUGGGUGGCUCAGCUCCUGGCCGUUAACCUGUUAGUGGAGACUUGGCAGAUUACGGGACACCCUCUGCCCUCAAACUGCUCCCUGCCCUGGCACACACUGAACAUCAGGAGGGUCCGAGCACUGGGGCCAGCGCUCUUCCUGUCCCGCCACGAUCACUCCAAGUGGUGUGUGUCCCGGGACCUGGAGACACCGCUCACUUGUCUGGGAGAUUUAAACCGAGACAAGGCUCAAAUGUGGAGAGGUGGAGGACUGACCUGCACCAGACACCCGCUGAUUCACAAAGCCUUCAGGAGACUAGUGGAUGAUUUCAUGGGAUGUUAA